CAGCUGUCAUUGUCAAGUACCUAGUAAAUAUAACACCAAACCUGCCAAGUGGCUGUUACUGGGCAAUAAUUACUGUAGUAAAUUACCUUUAAAUUGUAUAUAGUGUAAACAUUCGUCAUAAUAUUUCUGUGACCAAUCUAAAAUUACACAUAAAUAGUUGUUAAAUGACAAAAUGGGUGGUAAGACUAAACAAAGCCAACGAACUAAAAACAAUGUUAGGCCUUCAAGCAGCAGCCGCAGUGCUGGGCUGCUUAGUAGUGGAGUGAACCUCGAUGGAGGUCUUAUGACUUUGAGCAGCGGGAAAACUGUUCCUCAGUUGUUUCCCACACUUGCUGCUACUAAUCUAGAGCAAGGCCUUACUCCUGAGUUUCAGAUCUGCAUCAAGAAGCUUAAUAAGAAAGAUCCUAUAACACGAGCAAAGGCUCUGCAGGAGUUGUGUGAACUUGUAAAUAGUACAGAUGUGAAUGAUGUUGUAGCAGCUCUCCCUAGCUGGGCACAUUUCUACAAAAUACUGUCAGCCGACACAGAUCGCAAAGUCAGAGAACUUACUCAGGUGUGCCAGGGCGCGCUAGUGCGCGUGUGCGGGCGGCGCGUGGCCCCGCAUUUGAAGGCGCUGCUGCCGGCCUGGCUGGCCGCGCAGCACGACGCGCACGCGCCCGCGCAGGCCGCCGCCGCGCACGCGCUCAAGAGCACAUUCCCUGACAACAAGUUACCGGAAGUGAUAUCAUUCUGUAAGGCGGAGGUGAUGGCGCACCUGCUCGACAGCCUAAUUGGCAAUGCUGAAAGUGUUGUCACAAAAAGAAUAGAGAACGCAGAAGACCGCGAACUUCAGAUGAAUCGAAUCAAGACGAGCAGUCUGCAGGGCUUAGAAUACUUCUUGGAGCAUUUGCCCGCCGCGCACGACGAGUGGCUGUGGGCAGAGCUGGGGCCGCUGCUGCAGGCCGGCGCCUUCUGGAAGCUGGCGCAGGGCGCGGACCAGGUGCGCGGCGCGUGGUACGCGGCGGCGGGCCGCCUGCUGGCGCGCUUCCCGGCCGCCUUCGGGCCCGCACACGGCGCGCGCCUGCUGCGCCUGCUGCUGGACGGCGCGCACCAGCCCGCCGCCGCCGCCGCGCCGCCGCUCUGGGGCUGUCUGCUGCAGCUCAUGCGCCACGCGCAGCCCCCCACCCCCCACCCCCCACACCCUCACGGCGCGCGCCUGCUGCGCCUGCUGCUGGACGGCGCGCACCAGCCCGCCGCCGCCGCCGCGCCGCCGCUGUGGGGCUGUCUGCUGCAGCUCAUGCACCACGCGCAGGACUGGCCAGCAUAUUUAGACAAAAAAGAGUUGCUAGUCAAAAGAAUACUGGAUGUCUUAGAAAAUGGGGGGUGGGGUGAUGCGAGGCAUUUGUCGAACAUGCUCCUACCGCUGCUAGCACAUUUGCCGCAGGAUUUACUAACCAAGGAAUUUUAUGAGACAUUCUUCAAAGCAGUGUUUUCUGGAUUAGAUAAGAAAAACAUAUUAAAUUCUAAAAGUGAGCGUCAAGCAUGGAUUACGAGCUUAGCCGAGUGUUUAAGAUACCUAUCUAUACAAGAGCAUAGCUUUGUCCUGGAGAUCACCACGAGUGUGCACAGGCAGUGGCUCGAGAGGGUACUCUCGACGCAGCAGGACGGACAGACCAGGACCAACCUUAUAAAAUGCUCGGCUACCAAUAUGGCUUCCCUUGUUAAAUAUUGGCUAAAACAAUCCACAGAAGUAAACAACGAAAAGUAUGAUCAGCUCAUCAGAAACUUUUGGCAGAAUGUCAGUUCUUCAGUUUUGACACAAAUCGAUAAAUGUAGCUUCGAUGAUAAUGAAAUAGAAAGGUGUAUUGAGGGACACAUACUGUUAUUGCAAACUCUAAAGACGGCAUUCACCCAGGACACUAAGAAACAGCUGAGCAUUAAGUUCGACGGUGACGAGCCGACGGUGAGGGAGCGCGCGCCCCCCUCGCCGCCCCUCCCCCGGGACCGCGCCCCCUGCGCCCCCCGCGCCCCCUGCACAGUCCGCGUUGGCGCCGCGCUACACGCACUGCCUGCACCACACUCUGCACACGAUAUGCGCGCAUUACUUUCAAACAGCUGAACAGAAACAAGUAGCGGACCCUAUUUUAACACCUUUGCUUACAUUACUAAAUGACUUUGACAGUGAAAAUCUAUAUAUGGCCAUAGCCAGACAAUUUGAUGUGGAUAGUGUGUACAAGCUGUAUGAAAAAGUUUUAAGUACAUGGCUAACCAAAGAUGCUAUGUGCAGCAAGUCAGUCGUUGACGUCGUAUUUUUAGCAAUGAAAUAUAUGUCUGAAGAGGAGCAAGACGCUACGUACGGGUCCUUUGAAAAGAUGUCCUGGCAGACGGUGGAGUGGUGCCUGGCGGUGAGCGCGCGGCACCCCGCCGUGACGCGCGCGGCGGCGCGGCGCUGGCUG